CCGCGACCCGCUCCGUACUCCGCUCUGCGCAUGUCCCAGUAGCCGUUGAUGAGAGAGUAUUCAGCGAUGGCUUUUCAAUGUCAGAAGCGAUGCUACAUGAAGGAGUUUGAGACCUUGGUGGUAUCGUGUGCUCCAGCAGAGUUGAAAAUCACUGUGAAUGGGAAAAAAGAAAUUCUGAAAGGUUUUAAUGUGAUUCUUGAGGACACUCUGCUGUUUCCAGAGGGAGGUGGACAGCCUGAUGACCGUGGGUUUAUAAAUGACAUUCCUGUGUUACGAGUGACAAGACAUGGGCUAGAGGCUAUUCACUUUGUGCAAUCACCCUUGGAGCCUUUAUCUAGGGUUCAGGUGAAGAUCGACUGGGAAAGACGAUUUGACCACAUGCAGCAACAUUCAGGGCAACAUUUAAUUACAGCCAUAGCAGAUUUGAUGUUUGGUUUCAAAACGACCUCUUGGGAGCUGGGCCGUCAGCGUAGUUUCAUUGAACUGGACACACCUUCAGUGACGGGUGAGCAGGUUGAAGCUCUGGAAGUAGCAGUAAAUGAGAAAAUCAGGGAACACAUUCCUGUCAAUGUGCGAGUUGUAUCUGUAGAUGACCCAGAGGUAGAAAAGGUGAGAAGUCGGGGUUUACCAGAUGAUCAUGCUGGCCCAGUCCGAAUUAUCGAUAUUGUCGGAAUUGAUGCAAAUAUGUGCUGUGGAACGCACGUAUCAAAUCUCAGUCAUCUACAGGUCAUUAAAAUUUUAGGAACAGAUAAAGGAAAGAAGAACAAAACAAACUUAAUUUUCCUGGCUGGCAAUAGAGUCUUGAAAUAUGCAGAGAAAAGCUACACAGUGGAAAAGUCUUUAACAUCAAUUCUCAAGAAUGGACCAGAGGAACACAUUGAAGCUGUGGAUAAAUUGCAAAAAUCAGUCAAAUUGCUACAGAAGAACAAUCUAAACCUACUCAGGGAUUUGGCUCUGUUAACAGCAAAAAGCUUUAGGAAUGAUCCAAACAAGGGCAAGUUAUUAGUUUUGCAUAGAAAAGAUGGGGACAAUGAAUUUAUGAAUAUUAUAGCAAAUGAAGUUAGUGCUGAGGUAGUGCUUGCAUUUCUUACAGUGGGUGAUGAAAAAGGAGCAGGCCUAUUCCUAUUAACAGGUCAAGUGGAUGCUGUCGAAGCGCUAGGUUCAAAGGUUGCUCAAAUUCUUGAUGGAAAAGGUGCCGGAAAGCGGGGACGUUAUCAAGGUAAAGCAAACAAGAUGAGCAAACGGCCAGAGGUGGAGGCCCUCCUUUGGCAACACAUGAGCACGUUGGACAGAAAAGAGGAAUGAAGACACACAGUGAAUACUUAUGUAAAUUUACAUGUAUAAUACCAUUUUGUCUUUAAAAAAAACUUCAUCUUGACCAUUUGCUCUUUCAAAUGUAGUCUUACAGUAUAUCUGUGUCCACCAUUACAUUUGUGAGUGAAAAUGUUGCCAAGGCUGGCUCUGAAGGAAAAGGAGUGAGAUCACCUCUUCCAAGGACUGUCAUUCCUGUUCCUUGCAAUACUGGACACAGCCAUGACUCCCUAGUGUUUGCACUAUAACUGUGGGGUCAAGGUGAAGUAUCAGCACGACAGUCUGAGUGAAUGUAUGCAUGAUCACCACAUUUACUACUGAAUAGGGUUCAAUGCUGGUCUGUACUUGGGGUAUAUCAUAUGGUGCACACUAUCAAUAAAAUAUUUUGUCUUUUAA